CGAGUUCUCGUCUCUGAUCAUAGCUACGUUCAGAAAAUAGCAGCCAUGUUUGCUAAUUUGAAACCUAAAGAAAGACUGUUUAUGAUUAAGAUCACUUGUAUCAUCUUCUCAUAGAUUGUAAAACCGGGACCUAAAGGCAGUGUUGUCUGUUUAAUCGUAGGAAUACGAGGUUGGGACAUUUAAAAUUAUUUAUUGAGUAAAAACUUUGUGGGCGAUGGUGUCUUCAAAUUUUCUUAGCCGUACCUCAACAAGAAAAUGUGUGGCACAAACAAAGGGUACCCGUCUGUAGCUGCCAGUAUAGCAUACGUAGAAUUUGGGAAUUGUGAAGAAAUUGGAUCGCCAUGAAUCUCGAAUCAUUUGCCAGUCUUUGAAUUUUAGUGCACCUUUACCUAGCUUGUUAACACUUUAUUGAUAUACUUAUAUUUUUGAUCUGAAUGGUGAUAUGAAUGUGAAUGGCAUUACUGCUGCAGAUGGGGGCAGUCAGUCUGGGCCUGACCCUCCUGCUUCCUCUUAUCACCAUCAGCACCAGCAGGCCAUCAUGGAAUAUGACUACUUAUGGAUCCCAAGCCAUUAUAAUUCUGACAUGGGUGCUGGCUCUGGUUGUGGCACUGGCCAUGGAAUAGACCCAAAACAGCAGCAACCCCCUCAUGCCUUUCAGGGACACUACCCAAUCAACAGGACCAUGGGGAGUUCUCAGCAACCCCCAGUGACAAGGGAACAGUACUGGGGGCAGGGAUGUCCUGGCCAACAGCAAGGGGGGUCAUCUGCGACAAUGCCAUAUUCUCAUGGCAUGUAUGGUGUUUACCCAAACCAGGUGCUUAAUCACCAACAGCAGCAGCAUUUUGGCAUGGUGCCAAAUGGAGUACCCUGUUAUCAAUCGCAGCAUACACUUCUCUCUUCAGAACUGAUGCCUACUGCACAAAUGUUUACCCCCCUACGAGGAAGCUCGCAUCAUCAUCACAUGGGCCAUGCUAGUACUGACAGUUCCAUACCAAUGCAGGCAUCAAUGAGGUCACCGAAUGCAAGGAAUGAUAAUGGUUCCCCCAACAGAAAGAAGAGUCCGGGGAGAGGCACUGUGGUCCAUUCCUCUGGGAUUCAAGUGUGUAGAAAUGAUUCCAACCAAGAAGUGGAUCAAGAUUAUAGCGUUACUAAGAAGACAUCUGCCACUCAACAGCUGUCCACAAUUGACAAUUUACCUGUGAACGCCUCAGGAACUUCCCUACUAUCUACUAAUGACCGUAAUUUGCAAGUCCAGCAGUCAGUUGUGGAUACAGAAGCUGCAAAACUGUGCCAAGACAUUGAAACUACUUUCCAGGAGUUGAGUCAAACUCCUGCCUCUGCCAUUUCAACAUCAGUGGCAACAACAUUUCCUCAGACCUUUUCUGAGCCUACUUUGGUAUCACCUCAACCAUUGUCAGAACAUGGUUCAGUAGUGCCAAAGCCUGGAAUAAGCACACCAUCAGCGCUGGCUUCCACUCCUCAAAUACUUCCCACACCUUCAUUAGAAGUCCAACAAAAAAGUCCUCCUAUGUCUUCAUCUAUUGUUACAGUGCCUGCAGCAAUUUCAACUUUAAUAUCUGCUAGUUCUCAAAUGAGUCAAGGCUCCAAAGCAUCUCAGAGCCAGUCUCUGGCAUCAUGUACCAAAAUCUCUGCAGUUCAACAUUUAACCCUCUCACCUAUAGUAGACAACACAGAUUCUAGGGGUCUACAGGUUACUCAGUCACCUUUAUCUCAAAGUACAUAUCUUCCCAUACUCCCCAGUCCUUCCUUCUCACUGGCACCUGUACAAAGGGCUUUGAUAUCCCCUCCUAAAUUCCCAAGCCCUCAAAACAAUUUUUUGACUGAUACAGCUGUUGAUAAUUCUAUUCUUUGUACAUUCCCUACAUCUAUUGCUGUUGCCUCUUCUUUUCCGUUAAGUGCUUCUGUUUCUUCCCAAAAGCUUUUAUCUCCCCAGAAGUUACCUGAGAUUCCCCUUGUUGUAUCUAAUACAAAUGUUGUAUUAUCUUCUUGUCAGGAAACAGAUCCUGCAGCUUCACAUGUAUCAGAGCAGCAGACCACUAAUAUGACAUGUGCUCCCUUGAAACCCAAGAGUAUGUCUGAAGUUAGCUGGACUCAUCAUAAAGUCAGUGUGACAAGUUCAGUGUGUAAACAGGAGGGCCACACAGAUCACUCUGAUGAAGUCCUUGAUAAAAUCCCAGAGUCCUCUUUGAUUAUUCCCUGCACAAAAGAUUCAGAGAAGAAUUUUGUACCUGUUGUUAAAAAGGAUAUAUUUACCAGCAAGGACCAAGCCACUUCUGGGAAAGAAAACGCUGUCAAUGAUAUAUGGGAAACUGAGACUAAGAAUUGUAUAUCUUUGGAUGGGAUGAUUUAUGUUAAUAGAUCUGAAGCAGUGGAUUGUUGUGCGCACAACCAGAAUGAAAGUUCCUUUAUGUUUGAAGAUAGGUCCAUCAAGAACAAAUUGGGAGAUAUCUUGCCAGAAAAUGACCAGACUGAUGACACUGCUUGUAGAACAGAUGCAGUGGAUCUGACCACUAAGAACUCCAAUGGCGUGAUACCUCUCAAGGAUAAUUCUCAGAUUCAUAAUUCCUUAGAUGACACUCCACAGCCUGACAUUUCACAGCAUUCAACUUUAAAUGACUUCUCUGGUUUAUUAGGAGACAUUAAGAAAAAAAGAAUAAAGUCAACACCUAAAGCUCCCAAAGACAGAAAAAUGAAGGGGAAAAAGAAAAAUGAAGAGAAAUUACCAUUUACAACAAAGAAGAGCAAAACUUCUAAUGAGGUGCCUGCUUCUGCCAGCUCUCUUCCUGAUGGAGCUUCAUCACUUCUGCUUAAAGGAGGUUUUAUUACUGACUUACACUUGACCCAUAAUGUUACGUUUCCUGUUUUAAAAUCUGAGAAUAUGAAGAAGUCCAGGACAAAAGAACCUGUUGGAAAGUGCUCAAAGCCACCCAAAAUCAAAAUAGUUUUGGAUAAAAAAGCAAAGGAAGACAACGAUGACAGCGACUUGAUUACAGAAGAUACCCCAAGGCGGAGAAUCGCUACGGAAGAGCAGGUCAUCUUCCCUCUUCUUCAUGGUUGGAGAAGAGAGAUUCGUGUGCGUAAGUUUGACAACAGACUGAAAGGAGAAACAUGGUACUACACUCCUUGUGGGAAAAGAAUAAAACAGUUUCCUGAGGUCAUUAAGUACCUGAAGAGGCAUGAGGAAAAUCUGAAGGGAGUAACAAGGGAGCACUUCAGUUUUAGCCCACGUAUGCCUGUGGGGGACUUCUAUGAGGAGCGAGACACACCUGAGGGGAAGAAAUGGUUCCUUCUGGCUAAUGAAGAGAUCCCAUCCAUGAUUAUGGCAAUUACUGGCAGACGUGGUCGCCCUCCAAACCCUGAUAAGGAAGCAAAGCCUCAAUCUAGAUCUCUUCAGCCAAAGAGGGGCCCACGUAGGCGUCCAGGCAGACCUCCCAAAUUGAAAGUGGUUGAUCUGCUUAGCAAAAUAGAUGCCAGGCUGUUGAAGAGACUGGAGGCAAAGGAGGAGCUCACAGAGGAAGAUAAAGUCAAACUGGCCAAGAUCAAGAAGAAAAUGAAGAAAAAGGCAAGAAUGAAAAGGAUAGAAGAUGCUAAGAACAGGAAGAUCAGGCAGGAGAAACUAAAAGCUAAGUUGCAGAAUGCCAGUGAGCCAAUGCAAGAGGACCAAGCUCAGUCUUUCAACACAGACAUCUACCAGUUUGUCAAUGAUCAACUGAAGAAACCAGGCUACAGAAGAAAAGUUUCUGUGGAGCAAAGUCUGGAGAAGGUCUGUCCUAUGAAGAGGAGAGAAGGAGCACGUAGCAAAGCUAAAGCUCUGGCUAAGGCCCAGGCUGAAGCAGAGGCUCAAGCUCAAGCAUCACUGGCAGCUAAGAGACAGGCAGAGAGAAGAGCACAGGCCAAGAGACGCUUAGAAGAGAGGAAGAGGCAGCAAAAGAUCUUGGAGGAGCUUAAAAAGCCCACUGAGGACAUGUGCCUCACUGACCACAUGCCUCUUCCAGAGUUGUCUCGCAUUCCAGGACUGGUGCUGUCAGGUUUCAUCUUUUCCCGCUGUAUCGUAGUUGUAGAGUUCCUGCACAGCUAUGGGAAGGUAUUGGGUCUUCAGGUGCCUAAGGAUAUCCCAAGUCUGGCCACCCUGCAGGAGGGUCUAUUGGGUCUAGGCAACAGCCAGAGUGAACUUCUGGACCUGUUAGUAAAUUUGGUCAAUGCUGUGUUGCAUGAUCCUGGUUUACCAUCAUACUACCAGUCACUGAAGAUCCUAGGUGAAAAGCUGGUGGACCUGGAACUACGCCACAGCACAGUGUCCGAGGUGCUCCGGGUCUUUCUGGAAUCUCAUGGCUUUGAGAGGGAUAUAUGCAAUAGUCUCCGCACUAAAAGCUUCCAAACCCUGAGCCCUGAAGUUAAGGCAUCUAUCUUGGCCUUCCUGGUGGAAGAGCUCAAUGCCAGCAACAUAGUCAUUAAUGAAAUUGACAAGACCCUGGAGAACAUGACUACCUACAAGAAGAACAAGUGGAUCACAGAGGGCAAACUGCGCAAAAUGAAAGCUGCUUUAGCACGGAAAACUGGGCGCUCUGAGGAGGAGCUGUUUCUAGAGGAGCGGAGGCGCAGUACCCGUGUUAGCAUGGCUGAAGAUGAGACCCUCCCAAAUAGUAGCUUUCUGCAGUAUGGCAGCUCUCGCCAGCGUAAAGACGAGCUCAAAAUUUAUGAGGCUGAAAGUCUAAACAGUGCAAGUGUUCCUGAGCUGGAGCGACAGAUUGAUAAACUAACCAAGCGCCACGAGUUUUUUCGUAAGAAGUUGCUCCAGUCAUCACAUUGCAUGCGGGCAAUGUCACUGGGACAAGACCGAUACCAGCGGAGGUACUGGCUGCUGCCAAAUAUCGGUGGUCUGCUAGUAGAAGGGCCAGAUGAGAUCUUAGCUUCAGGAGACAUUCUGUUGAAGGAAGAACCUAAGCCUUCUGUUGAGAAAGAGGUUAUGUCUUCUGUGAAGGUGGAUAACAUAGUGGAGCCACAGCUGUCUCCAUUGCUCAGUGCUACCAAAACACACCAACCAUUUUGCCCUCACCCUUCCAAUAUCCCCUCCAUUUCAUCUCCUGCAGAUGUAGACCCUCUUCCAGGUGAGGCUUCUCUCAUGUGCAGCCCACGAGGGUGGGGCCGACCCCGCAAAAUCAGACCAGAAGUUGAGCUCCAUUUACGCACAGUCAAGAAUCGCCGCCAGCGCUACAAUAAAUCAGGGGCAGAGAACAGCAAGGGUGGCAGCCAAUCAGAAGACUUUAUGAAGGCACACAAAGAUAGUAGACAGAUGUUGCCUAAGGAGGAAUCACUAAAUCCAUGUGCGUCUACGUUCAUGUCUUCUUUUAAAGAGACUCCACUUCCUGUUGGUACUAGUCCACACUUUAGACCAGUCACACUACCAAAGGUCAGUGCUACUCAGACUCCUAGACCUGGCAGGAGGUGCAGGAAGGGCAGUGGUGCUGGGUACAGGAACACUGAGGCAGUUGCUGUGAAACGCAGGGGCAGACCCCCCUCCUCUCACUUUCAGGAAAUGGAGCAGCAGUACUUCAAGCAGCUAGUGGUCAGGCCCAUUCCACAGGAGAUGGUAAAAGGUUGGUGGUGGAUUAGAAAGCCUGAGGAACUUACUGCAAUUUUGACUGCUCUCCAUCCCCGUGGUAUCAGAGAAAGAGUCCUUCGGAAGAACCUUACCAAACACAUGGAGUUUCUGACUGAGUGCUGCACGCAACCUAUGACAGAUCCCGUCUUUCAUCUGAAGGUGGAGAAUGACAGACCCUUGCUGGAGGCAGUGGAGCAGCCAUGGGCAGAACAGGAGCAUGCCAUGCAGAUUGAUAUUAGCAUCCUUCAAAUGGUGGAGGGUCUGGAGCACAGGGUGUUGGGAGCUGAUCUGCAGCUUAAGGGUUUCACUGCUCCAGAGCCUGACUCUACCCGGGAAGAUCUGCAAUAUUACGAACAUGAGGUGGACCCCAGAGAAGACUGGAUGGUGAGGAGCAAAAAAGAGUGGUGGGACCUCUUGCGUGUACCCACAAACCCUCUGGAUCUGGCUGUGCUGCGUCUUACCAACCUGGAGAGGAAUAUUGAGCGGCGCUAUCUCAAGGGGCCACUGUGGAAUCUUGCUGAGGUGAUGCGCUUAGCUCCUCUUACAUCCCCACCUGGAGGAGAGGAGAUUACCAUGGACACCUUCAGCCUGGAAAAUGAGAUUACCUACAGGUUGAGGACUUGGAGGCAGGCCCUGGACCGGUGCCGAAGUGCAUCACAGCUCUCAUUGUGUCUGCUCCAACUGGAAAAAGCAAUUUCCUGGGAGAAAUCUAUCAUCAAAGUGACAUGCCAGGUGUGCCAUAAGGGAGAUAAUGAUGCAUCUCUACUGCUAUGUGAUGGCUGUGAUCAUGGAUGGCACAUGUUCUGCCUGAGACCAAAGGUCACUCAGGUGCCAGAAGGUGACUGGUUCUGUCCCUCCUGCAAUUCUAUGGAAACUGGUGCAGAUUCUCAGCCAAAACAAUCAGCCCGACAGAGAGCAAAGGCACGAAAACAACGCCCUGCUCAUGGAGUGGAAAAUUCAGCUGAGGAGCAGCGACAGAGGAAGAGCAUGACUACACGACAAAAAUAUGUUUCCACCCCCUCCAGCGGGUCAAACUACUCCCCCUCCAAACGCAGACGCAUGGCUACACGAAACCAACCUGACCUCACAUACUGCGAGAUUAUUCUGAUGGAGAUGGAGGCCCAUGCUGAUGCUUGGCCCUUUCUAGAGCCAGUUAACCCACGACUUGUGCCUGGGUACCGCCGCAUCAUUAAAAACCCUAUGGAUUUCCUAACAAUGCGGGAAAGGCUUCUACAGGGGGGCUAUAGUACUUGUGAGGAGUUUGCUGCAGACGCUCAGCUGGUCUUUAACAACUGUGAGCUCUUUAAUGAAGACACAUCAGAGGUGGGAAUGGCUGGACACUCCAUGAGGCGCUUUUUUGAGAGCCGCUGGGCAGAAUUUUAUUCAAAGAAUGAAAACAGAGGGCCUGCCAGUAGCCUGCUUUUGGGGAAAUAAUAUUUGAACAACUGCCCAUCCCCACUCACUCCCCACAAAAACUUUUGUUAGCAAAACUCUAUUCAUUUUGUGCCCUCCUGUUAUUUUUAUAUAUUGUUGCUUGGGGGCAUAGCAGGAAAUUUUAAUUCUUUAUUUCAGGUCUUUUAAAGAGAAAGAAAACAUAGGAACUGGGGCUCAAAUAUAGCACACUGCAGGUAUACUGUAUAUUAAAUGAUGCUGUAAAAAUACAAAGAAAAUUAUUUGUGUAUUUAAAAUUUUCACAAACUGUACUGGCCUGUUGAAAAUGGUUUAAUCAUACACCACUUCAUCAUUUACACUUAUACCUCACCUGGUUCAUUUUUGUAUUUUAUGAAAUGAUGAAGGACUUUUUUGUUUCUCUGGAAAUUUUGUGUACUUUGUUUAAUUUGUACUAAACCAUUUACUAUCCUUUUUACUACUAUCUUUUAAUGAAGCACUCUACAGUUGCUUCCUAGAUUCUUUUUCGGGUAUAUGCUUGAUCAUGUAGCUGUUUAUUAAGUUGCUUUAGCAGCAAUCGUGAUCAAGUGACAGGAUCCAUUACUAACAAUAGUGCAUACUUUGGUUUCCCAAUUUAAAACAAAUAAUAAAUAUGAGUCAGCAGAACCGGAGCCUAAAUUUGUGAUGGUUUAAAAAUAAAAACAUGUUUUUGUAAAAUGUUUUAUAUUAACCAUCAGACUGCCAUUGCCACUGCUUGUCUGGUUCAAAUCUAGAGUAUUGUCAGACAUACAACCCAUGGGCUGGGCCUAGCCUAGCCUAAUUAAUGCCUUAAUUUGGCCCAACAAAAUUCAUUGUAAAUCUGUUUUAACAUAUCAUUUAACAGAUUAUAAAUGAAAUAGCAUAUUAAUAUUGGAAUAGCGAUAUGGAUGUUUCUAGGCAUUGAAUGGGUUUUGAAGUUUUGGUAAAAAUGUCCAUAUAUUUCGGCACACUCCUGAUUAUGCAUAUGCAAGACCGAGAAUUGAGCUUAAUUAGAGAGUGGCCUGUUUGCACUUUCUGUGUAAAUUUCUCUGGUUACAUUUCUUAUUACUCCAUAUACAAAAUGGCAUACCUGUGUGGACAGCCUAGAGAGACAUGGGAUUGCUUUUGAUGGUACCAAAUAGAAACCAUGACUACAAUUGCCAUAAACAGUUUUGCACUCAAGAUUCUUUCUCUGAACAGUUGCUCAGGGAGUUUUUUUUCCAUCUCUGGCCUCAUUAGGGGAAUUUAUAAUUUAUAAUAUUUAUGCUGAAUUUAUGUAUUUCUGCAAAGCUGCUUUGUGACAUUGUUCAUUGUUAAAAGUGCAAUGCAAAUAAAAUUGAAUUGAAAGAUCCAACUUACAUUUUUAACCAACUUACAUUUUUUUCUGACUUUUUUGCCUAAAUCUUUAAAAAAUAUAUAAAAUGUACACUUUUUUCAAGCAUUAAAAAUGUCCACCUUUUUGCAGCAUUACAAAUGUAGGUUCAGGUUCUGCUGACUCUUUUCUCUCUGCCAUUUUCUCUUUGUUAGUCAUCUAUCAAAUAAUCUAACUAGUCACUGAACAUUCUGAGCAUUUGAGUCAUAUAUAUAUAUAUUUAAUGCUUAAAUAUAUGUAUAUGUGCUUUAACUUGUACGCAUGCUUCUUUAACUAUCAGUGACACAAUAGGGCAAGCGUUAAUAUUGUUGUGGAAAACAAUAAUAGGACCUGUACUAUUAGCAGAACACAUGGUUGUAAUAACUUCUUUUAUUUUUUAUGUUCUUGUAAAUCCAGUUUCCAAUCGUUUGUUUACUGUUUCGAUGCUUCUAGUGAUUUGAAAGUGGUCAGGUUCAAAAGAACAGACACUUCAGCCAUCCACCAGAUAUUAAAAGAUGUCUGAAAGUGUUUAAAAAAGUAGAAUAUGCAGGUUAUUUCUCUCUUUUGGGAAUUCAUAUGGAUCCACCUCAUACAUAAUUCAUCCAAUAUGUAAAAUACUUUAUCCAUAUACCAUUGCUGUUACAGUUUUUCUAGAAUAUUGAAGCAUAUUAAUAUUAUGACAUAAAGAAGAGGUUUAUGGUAAGCAGAGGUACUCUCCCAUACUGAAAGAUUCACAUGCAGUCCCCCAAAGUUGUUUUGUGCACUGUGCUUCACAUUAUUCAACAUUCCGAAAAUGCUAGUAAUAUGCAUACCCACACAUAAAUGUAUUUUGUAUACAUAGAGUAAUAUAAAUAAUGAGGUAUUUAAUCAUGAUUUUGCAGUAGAUUUUUCUAUUCAGACCUUCUGGACUUUUACCUUCUGCUUGCUUUCUUCUUGAGUUCCAAUAGCAAAUUCAUCACCUUUUGAUCCACAAGUGUAAACUAUAAAAUGGCACCUGCUGUGUCAUGCUUGUCCUUGGCCACUCUCAUCAAAUUGAGUGACCUAGGUGGCUCUGGCAGCCCUCUACUUAGAACUACUAUUAUAUAACCUUAUGUUAUGUUUUUUGUUCAUUGCUGGCCACAAGGGCAGGAUGUAUAUUAAAGCAUGUACAUUAUUGACAUAUAUUGGUACUUGGCAAGGAAAUAAGAAAACUUGUUCCAAAGAAAACAGUCCCAUUCUUAUAGCAAAAAGAAAACAAAUUAAAUAUGACAGAUAUGAAAGCCGAUACCUAUACACCUACAUGCACAUUCUCCCUCCCUAACACUCAUGACACCUUCUAAAAAUCCAUAUGUUCAAACUUAAAUCAGGCCUUAACUGUUAGGUGCUAUGUUAACUUCCAUGCUAAGUACUCAGAAAAGGAACAGACAGGGUGGAUAUAACAAACAUAGAAUUGUUAAUAUGGCACUGCAUUUGACCUUUCAUUUACAAAUGAAAUUAGCUCAAAUUUUCUGUAAAUGUGCAUAUUUCAACUAGCCUUAAAGUGUUUUUAUGUUUUCUUUCACUUUAAUGUAAUUUCAGCAACAAAGAUCAUUACAUCAGUUCUUGCACCACUUGCUGACCACAAGCAAAUCUGCUGUGUUAUUCAUUACAGGGUGCUUUUCUUUUAUAAACCACAUUAAGUGUGCUUUCACAUCUGGAUUAUUUUUUUAAUCUAUUUUAAUGUGUAUGUUUAUACCUGAAAAGACAAAAAAAAAAUCCUUCAAUAGCUGGGAUUAUUGAAUAGCAAUAGCCUAUAUGGAAUCUGCCUGGAGAAGGUCUGUAGAAAAUUCUAAACGAUUCUUGGCAUGGCCAGUAUAGACAAGGACAAUUUGUUCUAGCCUAUAGAUAUCUUUUUUUAGCCGAAGAACCAAUGAUGCUUUUAAAAACACCAUUUGUUUAAAUUUAGACGUUUUUGCAUCUGUUUAUGACUAGCCAAUUUACUACACUGGCUGGUCAUUGUUCUGGAAUGGUGGAAAGGUUAAUAGCAAGGUUAUACAUUUGAAGUAAAAUGUAUAGAUUCACUCACGGUCCACUUUAAUAGGAACACCUGUAGAUUUGCAGUUAUCCAGUCAGCUCAUCAUGUGCACAAUGCAUAAAAUCAUGUAGAUACAGGUCAAGACCUUCAGUUCCAAAUCAAAUAUUAGAAUUGGUAAAAAUGUGAUCUCUGUGACUCUGUAACUGUAGUAUGUUUGCUGCAACAACAAAGAUUAGAGUCACACGUGUACGGAACUGCAAUGUUGAUAAGAGAGGUCAAAGGAAAAUGGCCAGACUAGUUUGAACCGUUUAUCCACCUAAAGCUUGGAUGUGUUUUUUGAAUUCUUAGUUCCUUUUUUGCAUAGCACACUUGUAAAGGGUACUUAUUCGACUUCUUUUUAGCUCAGACCAGUCUAGACAUUCUCAUCUGUUCUCUCCAGUCAACAAGGUGUUUCAGCUUUCAGACCCUCGGAGCACAAAUUCUAGAGACUGUUAUAUGUGAAAAUCCCCAGAGAUCAGCAGUUUCUGAAAUACUCAAACCUGCCUGUCUGGCGCCAACAACCAUGCCACGAUUAAAGUCACAGAGAUCACGUUUUUGCCCAUUCUGAUGUUUAAUGUGAACAUUAACUGAUGCUCUUGACCUAUAUCUGCAUGAUUUUAUCUGGAUAACUGAAUAAAUGUACAGGUAUUCCUAUUGUAGUGGAUGUUGAGUGUAUGUUUUGGUAUAUUCCAAUCUGCCAUAACAUUAAAACCUCUGACAGCAAGUAAACAGUGAGCUCUUAAAGGUGUAGCAGAAAAUUUGAACUAAUGUAAGAAUCUGAGCGACUUUCAACAGGACCAAAUUGUGAUGGAUUAGAUGACUGGUAAGAGAGUCUUCAAAAUGGCAGGUCUUGUAGGGUGGUUAUUGCCUACCUAACUGGUCAGAGGAAAGACAACUAGUAAACUCACAAUACAUUGACAUCCAAGGCUUAUUGAUGCAUAUGGUGGUCAAGGCUAUACCAUCUGGUCAAAUUCCACAGAAGAGCUAGUGUAACGCAAAUGCUGAAAACAUUUAUGCUGGCUGUGAUACAAAAGGUGUCAGAGCAAAAGUGCAUUGCAGCUUGCUGCAUAUGGGUCUGUGUAACUGCAGAUUUGUCAGAGUGCUCAUGCUGACCUUUGUUCACUGUUCAGCUCCUACGAUGGGAAUGUGAGCUUAACAAAUGGAAUUAUAUUUUCUUUUCAUGGCUGAAUGCAUAUGUAUUGCUUAGCUGAGGCAGAGAUGGAACCAGGAUACACUAUGGGAAGAAGGCAACCUGGGCAGUUUUCUGCUGGGAAAGCUUGGGUCUUCCAUCUAUAGAUGUCUUGCCUUGCCUCAACAGGUUACAGGGGUACCUACACACUAUUGCAGGUGUUUUUAAUGUUGUAGCUGAUCAUUAUGCGGUCUUGACUGAAAUGAGGUUCUUGGAUUUUCAAGACAAGAAAAUAUCUUGGAAGGCCUUUAUUUAUUUUAACAUGAAUCAGAACCAUUAGUCCCCAUCUGACUGAAAAUUCUAUCCAUCAUUGUUUCUGGAGUAUUGUUUCAAUCAGUGAAUUAAUGAAUGUUAGUUUUAAUGGUAGGAACCUAUAGUGUACAAGAACUUUUUUUCCUUGAAGACCUCAAAUUAUAGGAUGCAAGGAAAUGUUAGAUGCAAUAUUCCUUUUAUAAUUUUGCAGAAGAGUCUAUGUUGCAUUUAAGUAGAUUUAGAACACUGAGCUUGUAUAUAAUUAUGUUUUGAUCUAUGGAAACAUGUGAGAAUAGAAAUAACUAUGAAAAUGAAAAGUAGUUUUUACACUGAAUGUGUCCCAGGAUAGUUAUCUAUUUGUUUAUGAAGACACAAAAGUUUCCCUAAAACAGCUGGAUGUUAAGGAAAUAUAGAACUAAUGCAUAACCAAAUGUGGUGUUCAUGGAUUUUAAAUAAUGUACAGUUUUUGUGACUUUUUUCCCUUCUAUAUUUUUACAGAAAUAUAAUUUUAAAACAUGGCAUUAAGUUAUCAUUUUGUUUUAAAGUUAUUAUACCGUACAUCUGUAGAAUGUACUGGAAACAGAAAUAAAAUUAGUAGCGAUACUCACUUGACUUUACCUGUUUUUGUGUAUAUGUGUUUGUUUUUUUUGUUUUUGAAUUAGAUAUAAUUAAAUGGGGAAAUGUCCAAAUUUGUGAAGUCUGUCACACACUGUGCUACUGUCUCAUGCCCUUCUUAGUCUUUUGAUAUUUAGGAUGUUAGGAUGGUAGAUACUUAGGUGCACACUCAAUACUCACGUUUCAUCUCUGCUUUAUUCUAAGGAUAAAGUUUAAACCUUACUCUACCAAACUGGUGUCUUGUAAUGUUUUUUUUCUCUCAGGAAGAUUUUUUGUCCUUUACUGUGACAUGAUAAACUUUGUGAAUACCCUUCCCCAGAAUUUUCUUAUUAGUUCAUUUUCAUAUUAGUUUGUACAAAUACAUCACACCUACAGUACAUCAAUUGUUGCUGAGAGUCAUUUUAUGUAUGUUGAGCAUAGUGUAUGUACUUUGGCUUUGGAAAGGCACACAGUGAAGUAACAUAUCCCUGGGAUGGUUUUGCAAAUAGAUGUUUAAACUGUCUGUGAUUUAGAAAAUUUGUGUGACUAAAACAAGUUUCAUGAAAUUCAGCUUUUCAUCUUUGGUAACAGUUGUAGGUCAGUCAUCAAUAGAAGUUACAUCACAAAUGUGCUGAAAGGGCCCUACCAUCACAUUCAGUCAGUGGCUAACAUUAGCACACCUUAGAAUGUAUCAAUAUGACAAUGGCAAGAAAACCUUUUGGUUUUUAUGUCAAAUCACAAAAUACUGCACAGAUUCAAACUUCAGAUGCCUAUUCGCUGUUUACCUUUCUGUACUUGAUUUGAAAUGCAUGCUUUGAUAUGAUUAGUUGUAAAUUAUAUGGACAAAAGUUUGUGGAAACCUGACUAUCAAACUGUCACCACAAUGGUGAAGGCACACAAUUGUGUUAGAUGUCUUUAUGCUGUAAAUUUAAAAAUUUCUUUGCUGAAUUAAUGUGAGUUUUUUUUUUGUCUGUGGAAUACCUUGAGUGGCCUGCAUAGAGCUCUGACCACAAAUCCACUAAACACUGAACGGAAAUGCCAGUUGCAUGCCAGGCCUUCUCACCCAAUUUCAGUGCCAGACCUCAUUCAUGCAUUUGUGACUGAAUGGGCAGAAUAUAUUUCUAAAAUCUAGUGCCAUGUCUUCCCAAAAGUUUGGUGCUGUUAUAACAGCAAAGUUGGGAUGCUCAAAAAGAGCUUAUGAAAAUAAUAGUCAGCUGAGUGCAAGUGCUUAUGAAAAUAAUAGUCACCUGACUAUUAUUAUUGUUCCUAUGUUGCCUUAUUGUGUCACUUGUUAUCACUGAAUUGGUUUCAAUAAAUAGUCUCAUUAAGGUA